AUGAAGGGCAGAUUGAAAUCUAGACAUGCUGAAAAGGCAUGUCACUAUUUGAUUGAUGAUUUCUCCAAGAAAAUUUGGGUAUUCUUCUUGAAGCAGAAGAGUGAUGUGUUUGAAACCUUUAAAGAGUUGAAAAUAUUAGUAGAAAAGCAAACUGGAAAGCAGGUGAAACGUCUACGCACAGAUAAUAUGUUGAAGUUUUGUUCAGAUCAAUUCAAUAGCUUCUGCAGGGCUGAAGGCAUCUUGAGACACUUGGCAGUGUCUGGAACUCCUCAACAGAAUGGUGUGGCAGAACAGAUGAAUAGAACUUUGAUAGAAAAGGUUUGUUAUAUGCUUUCAAAUUCUGGGUUGUCUAAGACUUUUUGGGCUGAAGCUACUACAACUUGUGUUCUGAUUAAUCGCUCACCCUUAAUUGCUAUUGAUAAAAAGACUCAAAAGAGGUAUGGUCUGACAAACCUUCUUAUUAUUCUGAUUUGA